GAGGGGCGGUGCCCGGGCUGGGGGGCGGAGGCAGGCGGCCGUGGCUCCUUCCCCGGACGCUCUUUCCUUCCUCCUCUUGCUCCUCCUCCUGCCUCUCUUCGUUCCUCCCGCCUUUCUUCGCUCCUCCUGCAAACGCGGUGGGGGCUGCUUGGCCGCCAGGAGCAGCAAGAGACAGGGCAACCUGAGAGACUGGACCAGCGCUGCACUGGGUAAUUUACUGGUAGGAAAAAUAAUCCCCAAGGACAUUGAAGUGAGCUUCAGGAUGGCAAAAGAGGAGCCCCGGAGUAUCUCAAGGGACUUGCAGGAGCUGCAGAAGAAGCUGUGUUUGCUGAUAGAGUUCUUCCAGAAUAACCCAAAGGUGAUGGCCUUUACAAAGUCUCCACUGGGUCAGUACUUGGACAGACAUCCAUUUCUGGCCCUCGCCUUGCUGGUGUUCAUCGUCACAUCGGCUGUUCCUGUUGGGUUCUUCCUGCUCCUCGUGAUCCUUACCACCCUGGUUGCUCUGGUCGGGGUCAUAAUACUGGAAGGACUGGUCAUCUCUGUGGGUGGUCUCUCACUGUUCUGCAUUCUCUGUGGCUUGGGCUUCAUAUCACUCGCCCUGUCGGGGAUGAUGAUGGCAUCCUAUAUAAUAGCCUCCAGCCUCGUCAACUGCUGCUUUUCUCCCAGCAGACCACUGACACAGCAAAACCCCAAUGGCGACUGUCAGCUGGCCAUGAAAGCCGCAGACUUCAAGGGGCUUUACCAGGAAUGAGUGGCUGCUCGGAGGCUGGGCUUCUUUUCAAGCACUGCUGGAUCAUACUCGCCCCUUGGGAUUAUGGCU